GACUGUGGCGGCCGCUAUCGAUAAAGUUGUUGUUCUGCCAACAUGGCGGCGCCCAUGGAGGCCGGCCGGGCAGUGUUCGCCUGAGGUGGGAACCGCGGCAUAAGGAGCCGCAGGCCAGAACCUGUGAGCAGGGCCUCCCACCUUCUGAAGAAUGGCUUCUGCUUGGCAGAGACUGGGUUUCUAUGUCUCUCUUCUGAAACGGCAGCUAAAUGGUGGGCCGGAUGUCAUCAGUUGGGGAAAGAGAGUCAUUCCAGGAUGUAAAAGAGGAAUUUACAGUGCCACGGGCCAGUGGACGAAAGAGUAUACGCUGCAGACAAGAAAGGACGUCGAGAAAUGGUGGCAUUCACGGAUAAAGGAACAGGCCUCCAAAAUUUCUGAAGCUGAUAAAUCGAAGCCCAAGUUUUAUGUGCUCUCCAUGUUCCCCUACCCGUCGGGCAGGCUGCACAUGGGCCACGUGCGCGUGUACACCAUCAGCGACACCAUCGCCCGGUUCCAGAGGAUGAGAGGGAUGCAGGUAAGGGCAGUGCUGCCCGACAGCCCGUGCCCACCUCCCUCAGAACAGUGGGACCGUUUGGAAUGUGCCCUGUCCUACGCCCAUUCCCCCGUGAGCUGUUGUGCGCAAAGAGCCGGAGAAGGAAGCAGUGAAAUAACCACGUGUUUACCAGACUACUACAAGUGGACGCAGUACCUCUUUAUCAAGCUCUACGACGCUGGACUGGCCUAUCAGAAGGAGGCCUUGGUUAACUGGGACCCCGUGGACCAAACAGUGCUGGCCAACGAGCAGGUGGAUGAGCAGGGCUGUUCGUGGCGCUCCGGAGCGAAGGUGGAGCAGAAGUACCUCAGGCAGUGGUUCCUCAAGACAACUGCUUAUGCAAAGGCCAUGCGGGACGCGUUGGCAGACCUCCCGGAGUGGUAUGGAAUCAAAGGCAUGCAGGCCCACUGGAUCGGGGACUGUGUGGGCUGCCACCUGGACUUCACCUUAAAGGUGGACGGGCAAGUCACAGGAGAGAAGCUGACCGCCUACACGGCCACCCCCGAGGCCAUUUAUGGCGCGUCCCACGUUGCUGUCACUCCCGGCCACAGGCUCUUACACGGGCACAGCCCUCUGAAGGAAGCCUUGCGGAAGGCACUGGUCCCUGGCAGAGAUUGCCUCACGCCCGUGACCGCUGUGAACAUGCUCACCCAGCAGGAGGUCCCUGUCGUCAUCGUGGCCGACGCUGAAUUUGAGGGCUCUCUGGAUUCAAAAAUAGGCAUUCCCUGCACCAGCUCAGAGGACACCGUCACAGCCCAGACCCUGGGCCUGUCCUACUCCGAAGUCAUCGAGACGUUGCCAGACGGCACGGAGAGGCUGAGCGGCUCCGCUGAGUUCACAGGUAUGAGCCGGCAGGAUGCGUUUCUCGCGCUGACUGAGAAAGCCCGGAGGAAGGGAGUGGGUGGAGACGUGACGAGUGGUAAACUGAAGGACUGGCUGAUCUCCAGGCAGCGGUACUGGGGCACCCCCAUCCCCAUGGUCCACUGCCCGGCCUGUGGCCCCGUGCCCGUGCCGCUGGAGGACCUGCCUGUGACCUUGCCCAGCAUCACAUCUUUCACUGGCAAGGGAGGCUCCCCACUGGCCACCGCGUCGGAGUGGGUGAACUGCCCCUGCCCCAGGUGCAAGGGCGCAGCCAAGAGAGAGACAGACACGAUGGACACCUUUGUGGAUUCCGCCUGGUACUACUUCAGAUACACCGACCCUCGGAACACGCACAGUCCUUUCAGCCCAGCGCUGGCCGACUACUGGAUGCCCGUGGAUCUGUACAUUGGGGGGAAAGAGCACGCCGUCAUGCACUUGUUCUACGCGAGAUUCUUCAGUCAUUUCUGCCACGAUCAAAAAAUGGUCAAGCACAGAGAGCCUUUCCAUAAGCUGCUGGCCCAAGGCCUUAUCAAGGGGCAGACCUUCCGCCUUCCAUCUGGUCAGUAUCUACGGAGAGAGGAAGUCGAUCUCACAGGUUCUGUCCCUGUUCAUGCAAAAACAAAGGAGAAGCUGGAGGUGACGUGGGAGAAGAUGAGCAAGUCCAAGCACAAUGGGGUGGACCCCGAGGAGGUGGUGCAGCAGUACGGCAUCGACACGGUCCGCCUCUACCUCCUCUUCGCCGCCCCCCCAGAGAAGGAUAUCUUGUGGGACGUCAAGACUGACGCGCUGCCCGGCGUGCUGAGAUGGCAGCAGCGGCUGUGGUCCUUGGCAACCCGCUUCAUUGAGGCCAGGGCUUCCGGGGAGGUUCCCAGGCCCCAGCGGCUGAGCAGCGAGGAGAGAGCCGAGGCCCGCAAGCUCUGGGCGUUCAAGAACACGAUCAUCUCUCAGGUGACCGCCCACUUCACGGAGGACUUCUCUCUGAACUCUGCCAUUUCUCAUCUGAUGGGACUCAGCGGGGCCCUCGUGCAAGCUUCUCCGAGGGUCGUCCUCCACAGCCCCGAGUUCGAGGACGCUCUGUGUGCCCUGCUGGUGAUGGCCGCCCCGAUGGCCCCUCACAUAACCUCCGAGCUCUGGGCAGGCCUGGCGCUGGUGCCCAGGAAGCUCUGCACCCACUACGCCUGGGACGCCGGCGUGCUGCUCCAGCCGUGGCCAGCUGUGGACCCGCAGUUCCUGCAACCGCCCGACGUCGUGCAGAUGGCCGUGCUGAUCAACAACAAAGCCUGCGGCAAAGUCCCUGUGCCCCAGCACGUGGCCCAGGACCAGGACAAAGUCCACGAGCUCGUCCUGCAGAGCGAGCUGGGCGCCAGGCUCCUGCAGGGGCGCAGCAUCAAGAAGGCCUUCCUCUCGCCAAGGACGGCCCUCAUCAACUUCCUGGUGCAGGAGUGACCCCACCGGGUCCCCAAAGGACCUCCGUCCAGGCCUGGACGACGAAGAAGAUUCGGGUCAGGGCGGGGAAACACAGAAGUCCUGAAUGUUACCGUCGCGCUCCGGCAGAUGGGCGUCAGCAGUGUGCCCUGUGGUGUGGCCUGGUGCAGGGUGAGGGUGGGCAGAGGAGAAAGAUGAGUGGGGGGGGGCGGGCAGCCUGCCCCCCGCAUUACCUGGUGGAGGAAGCCAUUGACCCCAUUGAAGCCACCAGAGACGGCCGGGCGGGCACAGGAAGUGAUGGGCAUAGCACCAGGCCUCUCGAGCAGCCUGGUGCUUCUGGAUCCAGAAAUGGCACCCCCCAGGGACACCCAGGAACUUGUGGGUAAACCGAGUAGCCCCACGAGGCUCGGGAGCAGCGUGGACAGUCCCUCUGAACGGGUAACAGCCUGGGCAUCGUGGUGGGUGGCUCCUCGCUCAGGCCAGAUGGGAAAGCCGUGUGGGUCCAAACACCCAGCACGUGGAUGGACGCCGGAGUCCUCAGAUGUUGGGGUGCCAGUCCCUGUGCCAGCGUCCCCACUGCUCCUCAGCUCCGCCCUGUGGGUGGCAUCCUCCCCAGCCCCACUGGAUGCGCCCGCCACCCGCCGGGCGGAGCACCACUUCCUACCCUGAGUGAGGAGCUGCUCGGCUAACCGCCCCCUCGGGGUAGAACAUUUGCUGUGCAGCGAGGCGGAACCAAGCCGCUUCCAGCCUCGGCUGGAACCAAUCUCGGAGCCACCGCAGCCCCGCAGGGAGUCUGCUCACUGGGCCCAGAUGGCAACACUGCCUUUGAGACCGUCCCAGAGCCAGCCAUGGGAGAGCGGGUUCACCACAGGAUGGGACGGGCGCCACCCGGCGUUGCCUCCUGUGUUCGAGCCACCGCAGUCCGGCUGCUGGGAGGUGGCCAGGAAUGCACCUGUGUUGGUGGCGAACUAGGAUCAUCCUGGCUUUACGUGAAGUCAGCAACUCGGUGCUCCCACCAGGACUGACCGUAGCCACUGAUGAAUAUUGUUGGGGAAAGUGGGGGAGCAGCUAGCCAUGGUGUGAUGCUGAAAAUCUUUUUUCUCUGCCAUUUUUCUGAAGUGGCCUCCGGGGCGGUCCCCCUGCAGCCCAGCAGUUAACAGAUGCCUUUCUUAAUGCAAUAAAAUGUUUGUCAUGUAUGACUCCGGGA